UCCCAAAAACCAAAAGCCCCCAACAGGUUCAAAAAUCAAAUCCGCUCCUCACAUCUCACAUUUCUCCCUUCUUCGACUGUUCCCCAUCCCGUCUCCUCCCUCCGCUCUCCGCUCCCAAUUCCCCAACUCGAAGCCGAGCGAAAUCCCCGCCCCUCCCUUCCCCAGAUCCGCGGCGAUGGAAGCGUAUCCGGGCACCUCCUCCCCCUCGCCGCAGUCUCCGACGGCGGCGGCGUCCCCACCGCCGCAGCCACAAGGUGAAGUAGAGUGCGGCGCUGUGGAGUUCUCAGACCACCUGAGCCCGAGUCGCCACGCGGGGCCCGCCGAUUCGAACACUGCGCCGCCGCCAUCUCCCGCGUCUGUGGCGCCGAUGCCUCAGAAUCUCGAAGGCGAGGAAACAGUGCCGACCAGCGAGGAGGUGGUCGACGAAGAGGCGGCGGUUGAAGAGCUGGCGAAGGAGGGCGAUGAGGCGGUUGCAGGAGGAGAAGGCGAGGCUCUACGCAUCUUCUUGGAGGAAUUGGGGGAUCAAGCAGAUGAUUGCCUUAUCCCAUCGCCACGGCUGAAAGAGAUCGCAAGCCCUGACCGCCUUGCAGCCCUCCAGGUCCUAGGGGGGAGGUAUAACAGCCUGGUGGAGAAGUUCAAGCUGCAGGUGGCUAAGUGUGUCGAGGAGUGUGCACCAAGGUUUGAUGGCUUGAAGAAAAAGUACACGGUAGAGUGUGCAGAGCGGCGUCGAUUGUACAAUGAGCUCAUCGAGCUGAGGGGAAACAUCAGGGUUUUCUGCAGGUGUAGGCCUCUGAGUGCUGAUGAGGUCUCCCGUGGGUGCUCAUCAGUGAUUGAUGUCGAUCCGUCCCAGGAGACUGAACUUCAGUAUGUUCCGUCAGAGAAAGAGAGGAAGAAUUUUAAGUUUGAUCAUGUUUUUGGGCCAGCUGAUGAUCAAGAGGCUGUAUUUGCUGAGAGCCUGCCAGUAGUGAGGUCAGUAAUGGAUGGUUUCAACGUAUGCAUCUUUGCAUAUGGGCAGACAGGAACAGGGAAAACCUUCACUAUGGAAGGUGUUCCAGAGAAUAGAGGUGUUAACUAUAGGGCUCUGGAAGAACUAUUCAGGAUGUCAAAUGAGAGAAGCUCGUCUGUUGCGUACACAUUUUAUGUGAGCAUCUUGGAAGUCUAUAACGAAAAAAUCAGGGACCUUCUUGAUGACAACUGUGAACAAGCAUCAAAAAGGUUGGACAUAAAGCAAAGUGCUGAUGGAGCACAAGAGGUGCCUGGUUUAGUUGAAGCUCCAAUUUAUACAAUAGAUGGUGUGUGGGAUAAACUGAAAGCUGGCGCUAAAAAUAGAUCUGUUGGAUCAACCAGUGUCAAUGAGCUGAGCAGCCGCUCCCAUAGCUUGGUUAGGGUCACUGUUAGGAGCGAGCAUUUGGUGACCGGCGAAAUGAGCAGAAGUCACAUGUGGUUGGUUGACCUUGCUGGUAGUGAGCGUUUGGCUAAAACGGAAGUAGAAGGAGAGAGAUUGAAGGAGUCCAAGUUCAUCAACAAAUCGCUCUCUGCAUUGGGUGAUGUUAUUGCUGCCCUUGCCUCCAAAAAUUCUCACAUCCCAUAUAGGAACUCCAAGCUAACUCACCUGCUUCAAAGCUCGUUAGGUGGAGAUUGCAAGACGCUUAUGUUUGUGCAGAUAAGUCCAAGCUCUACAGAUUCAGGGGAAACUCUCUGCUCCCUUAAUUUUGCUAGUAGAGUUCGAGCUAUUGAACACGGCCCUGCUCGUAAACAAGCAGAUCCGGCUGAAAACUUCAAGCUCAAGCAAAUGACUGAGAAGCUCUGUCACGAGGAAAAGGAAAAUGUGAAGUUGAACGAAAGCUUGCAAUUGAUGCAGCUCAAGUAUGCUUCUCGAGAGAAUGUCUUCAGAACACUUCAAGAUAAGAUAAGGGAAACUGAGCAAGCUUGCAGAACUCAUCAGCAGCGGGUUAGAGAGCUGGAAAAUGAAUUAGCCAAUGAGAAGAAGGCUGCUAGGGAUACGGUUAGACCCACAAAGCCAUCACUAGCUGCUCCUGUAAGGCAGAGACCACCACUUGCUCCUAUGAGGCAGAGGCCACCAUUGGUCAGGAUAAGCAACCAGGCGCCGCCACCUUCAGGCCCUUCCAGACAGAGGCUCGGUAGUAAGGGACCUUCUGUUCAGAACAAAGAGAACAUUCCUGUUCUAGACAAGGCUGCUGGCAAAGCACGGCGUGUAUCUUUGGUUCCCAUGAUGCGACAAAUCCCUCUCCAACCAAAGAGGCGAUCAUCGAUUGCGAUACUACCAAGCGAGAGAGAGAGGAUGUCUGUACUUCCCGAGAAGAGAGCAAUGUCUCGACUGUCCCAUAUGCAAAUGCCAAAAACAACAAGACCACUUGCCAAUUUUAAUCCAAUUCCAGGAACACCAGUAGCAGCUUCAAAAGCACCAGUUGAUGCAACUCCAGAUGUCAGAGGAAGGUUCAAAAGAAUCGAGCUCGGCAGCAGCAGCAAGUUCUCAAGCCCCCCGAUGCAGUCCAUGUGGAAGUCAAGGAACAAUGUCUCGUCACCACAGCAGAGGCUACGGCUGCAAUCUGGUUCUGGAAAUGCCAGCAAGCUAUGCUUCAGUAUCCAUAAGAAAGUUGGCCUUGGUUCACCUGCGCGACCACGAAAUUCCCUUAUGUCUGGUACUGGCAUCUUUGAUCCAGCUCUGCGUGAGCAAAUGAUGGCAGGGAAAUUUGGCAAUGCGCAGCGGGUGUUCAGCAAGAGGAGAAUGUCUGUCCUCUAAGCACAUGUUUGGGUCUGCGGACCCAGGAGGCCAGGACACUGGCGGUUUGGUACUUUAGCUUCCUUAAAGAAGGCCAGCCAUUGCUUGGAAAAUUUGUGUUGAUAAAGAUGGCGACUAUUCUGCUUUUAGAGUCGUGUAUAAUUAUACCCUGACGGGUUAGUUGGAUUAGCUUUUGGCAUCUGUCUGGAUGCUUUCGUUCCCCUCCUAGAAGCAGCUUGCUUAUGCUACUGAUAAGAAAACUAGAGCGAACAUAGUCCUUUCAAAUCAAUUGCUAUGCUAGUGAAACGAUAUGCUACAUCACUCAAUUAUUCUGACUUCAAUACUCUUAAUGGUGUCCUGUUGCAUGUUGUUUGGGUUUC